ACUAUUAACAAAAUAUACAAUUACCUAACUAAGUAAUAAGUAUUAACUUCUCCCUAAAUCCAAUAACAAAUACGACUACACCUACACGGUACACGUUUCAAUUUAGAAUUUUAUAAUAUUUUAUAAUAUUUUAUAAUAUAAUAAUCAUUAUUCACAAAUCAUCAUUUAAUGAUUUUGCGAUAUUUAUACUUAUCAACUGAAGUACCGUUAUUCAGUAUUCUGUAUUCUAUACUUGGCUGUCGAAAAAUGGUGCAUAAUGUAAUUUUGUAGUGGUUUUAUAUAUUAUUUUUAUUAUUUAUAAUGAUUUUUGUAAACAAAUACAAUAUUUUUCUGUGACAACAUUUGUAUUAAAUGUCUUCAAUGUUUGAAAUAACUGAUUUACAAAAAAUCGGAGUUGGUCUGGCCGGUUUUGGAAUAUCGUUCCUAUUCCUGGGCAUGUUGUUGUUAUUUGACAAAGGACUUUUAGCAAUUGGCAAUAUAUUGUUCAUAGUGGGUCUUAGUUGUGUUAUCGGUGUACAACGAACUUUAAAGUUCUUUUUCCAGAGGCAAAAGAUCAAAGCAUCUUUAUCAUUUUUUGGUGGAAUUUCAGUUGUUCUUUUUGGAUGGCCAAUUGUAGGAAUGCUUUUUGAAAUUUAUGGAUUCAUACUUUUGUUCAGUGGUUUCUUCCCAGUAGUGAUAAAUUUCAUGCGCCGAGUACCAUUAUUGGGUACUUUACUCAAUUUGCCUGGCAUUACUGGACUGUUAGAUCGAGUGGCAGGUGAUACGAGACGAACAAUGGUAUGAAUAACCAUUACAAAUAUUACAAACAAAUAAAUUCAUAAUAUUUUGCCAUGAUUUCAGUUGAUGUUAUACUUAAGUUAUUACAUCAUAAUUCCUACUAACUGGAGAUUUAUGGGCCACUUGCUUCCAGUUACUUAUUUUAUUAUGACUUAAUUACUUUAUUCAGUUUAUUAUAAUAUUGCCCGAUAAAUUGAAUUUUAUUGGUAAUAUAUUAUUUUAUAAAUUUUCUGUAUUACAAUUUUAUUUUUAUUAUAUACAAAUAAUUGUUAAGUUACCACAUUCUACCCAAUGGCACAAAGUAAAAUAUAAUAAAAAUACAUAUUAUGCAUUAUAAUAA